UCGCCCUCUCUGCCUCGAUAAUGGCCCUUGUGAACAGCGGAAACAUUAGCCUCUUCGUUCGAUUGCUCCCACUCACAGCCUCGACUCUUCUCGUCUUGCUUCUCAUCCUCGAUUACCCUCCUGAUCUAACUACUCCGUUCGUCAGUGCCGUCCGGUCGCUUGUGCUUCGUGCUAAAGACAAUGUCUAAGCUAAUUGUCGUGUUUGGGGCGACGGGGAACCAAGGUGGCUCGGUGGUGGAUGCUAUUUUGCAGGACCCAGUGUUGAGCAAGGAGUUCAGGAUCCGGGGCAUCACUCGCGAUGUCACCAAGCCCGCAGCCAAGGCGUUGGAGAGCAAGGGCGUAGAGGUGAAAACCGCAAACAUGGACUCUCCGGCAUCCGUCGGUGAUGCCGUGGCCGGAGCCCAUACCGUCUUCCUAGUGACAAGUUAUUGGGAAUCAUUGGACGCAGAAACAGAGUAUAAUCAGGGCAAAAAUGUAGCAACCGCUGCAAAAGAAGCGAAUGUCUCUCAUCUCAUCUUCUCUUCACUCUAUCAUAUCAUGGACGCCAGUGCCGGCGCACUCCUACACGUUCCACACUUCGACACAAAAGCCAACAUUGAGGUAUACAUUCGGGAACUCCAAAUUCCCGCCACGUUUGUCCUACCGGGGUACUUCAUGUCCAACUUUUUGAGUACACUUCUCAAGGGAGAAGACGGGAUGUAUACCCUCAUGCUACCGAUAACGGACAAGGCUCAGUUCCCUCUCUUCGAUGUUGCUGACACCGGCAAAUACGUUUUGACCGCGAUAAAGCACCGCGACUCCCUCCUCGGCAAGCAGAUCCUCGAAGCUGUCGAUUACUACUCUCCGGAUCGCAUCGUGGAGGAGUUCGAGCAAGUCACCGGGCACAAAGCCAAGUUCUUGACCAUCGAUGCCGAUGAUUACAUGAAAUUUCUCCCGCCAGCAGUUGCCAAGGAGAUGCUCCAGACGCACCAAUUGCUGGAAAACCCAGGGUACUAUGCCGGAGCAACCUUGGAGGAGAGCUUGAAGCUGGUUGAGCAGAAGCCGACGACGUGGAAGGAGUAUGUGGCAAAGAGGAGCGAAUGGAAAUGAUAACUUGCUGCUAGUUGAUGAUAAAAUUCUUGAGAUCAGACUGAAGGACUGAGCUGAGUUUGGGCAUGAUUUUGUGAGCCGAUGCGCAGGAUCUGGAGGAAGUAAUAUGACAUUAUCCCUGAUUUUAUUCAUUCAUUAGUACCUUAGAAUCACACCAAACCAAUACGUUCAGCGCUUGA